GUGUGUGUGGUCACCUGAAUGUUAUUUUUCUUUGACAUAGUCAGAUCCUUCACACAGUAUUUACAUCUAAUGCACAAACUAAUGACAACUAAAGGUUCUCCUCCAUGCUUAGAAGGGGAAGUGAUAUUCAGCUUCAACUUGCAACAUGACUUAUGGAUGUUUCUACACACACAGUUGCAGCUCUUUAUCUUUAUGUGUCCAUGUUGCAGUGGUUAGGGCGACCACAUAGCACGGAAAUAAAAUAGUCGCCUUGUUCAUUUAUCAAAAAAACUAUUUUGUGAACAGCGUGUUUAAAAAAACACACACAAAUAAAUCCUUACAGGAAAUAAAAGCAGGAUUUAUAUCAUUAAAAAAGUAUUUUCCUUGAAGUUUCUUUACAUAAUGUGAAAAGGGAAAACGCUUAAUAUCAGGAAAGGUUUUUGACAGGGAAAUACUGGCUGAGCACGACAGGAUUUCCUGAUCGUGAUAAAAACAGGUUUAAAUAUAGACCUAUUGUUGUCUACUAUCCACUGAUGUUCAGAUAAGAGCUGCCAACCUCAACAUGCCCAUCUUCAGACUUACUGCAUCACACGUGACACAUAAUGAAGGCAGAAGACAUUCAGAAUAAUUAAUAGGAAUAAUAAGUGGAGGGAAAUCAUUUAUUGGUCAAAUUCAAACCUUCUGUAUGCAACUGCUAACUGGAGUGGAAGAGAGAACUCCUAAUGAGAUUUAAUAGACAGACAGAUGCUGCGUUCAUACUAAAACAUUUCACACUCUGUUAAUUAAAAACAAUAGAGUGUGUAGUUGACUUUAAAUAUCGUCAUAAUGUGUUGUCAUGGCGCUGCAGGUGCGGAACGGGAAUUUAUGAGCUGCCAUAAAGUCUCAGAAACUUUGGUGCCAUAUAAUGCAGCGAUAUCUAUCCUCAUCAUUAACAUAGACAACCUGGAAUAAAUCUUUUGAUUUAAAGAGAAUAAAAUGUAUCCUUCUUCAUAAUUAAAAAGUAUUGGUUUUUUUUCUUUUAAAUAUCAUUGUAACUAUUUCAGGAUCUCAUAAGGGUCAAUGUUCUCCUUGUCAUCAGGUGUUGAAAUCUUCAACAGGUAUGAUCAGGUGAGUUAUGCAGAAAGGUUACCAUGGCGACAUGCAAGUGAGCCAUUUUCUAAAAUGUUAUUUCAUAAAUAAGAGAUUAUGAUCAUUAUUUUUUGGAUUUGAGUGCAACUUAAUUUCUUCACCUUUGACUGACUGAGUUUGUGGUGACCACACACACUUCACAGAGGCGAUGGAAGCCUCAUUAAAGUGUUUUCUCAGUUUUGCUUGAGUCCCACAUUUGAGUGAUUAGAUAAUUGGCAGCAGCUGAGUCUCUGUCCUCAGCCUCAGACACUCUCUCUGGUUUUAACACUGUUGCUGCCUCAGGAUUGAAAAGUCGGCAUCAGUUUUAAUAUGCUCCGAGCAAAGUGCCCAAAGUGUCUUUUAUUUAUUGUGUCACUGUUGAUGGUGAGCUGUCACGGCGCCCAACACUCCGCUAAACAAGGUGCCCAUGGUCAUGAUCGUGCCGCGCUGGGCAAAGUGGAAACAUUUGGUUUCACCUUUAAUUCAACAAACAUGACAAAUUUUGUUUAUGGGAUUGCUGCAAAUGCAGUUGCUGUCUUGUUGUAUGGAAGCAACUUUGUUCCCAUCAAAAGGAUAGAAACAGGCGAUGGGAUGUUUUUUCAGUGGGUAAACUGUGCAGCCAUAUGGGUCGUGUCUAUGCUCGGAGACCUGAUGCUUCAGUCGCCCAAAUUCCACCCUUUUGCGAUGCUUGGCGGUGCGAUUUGGGCCACAGGAAAUUUAGCAGUUGUUCCAAUUGUGAAAGCGAUUGGUCUUGGUCUUGGGACCUUAUUUUGGGGAUCCUCCAGCUUGUUGGUGGGUUGGGCCACUGCAAGGUUUGGCUUGUUUGGGAUUGAUGCUGAGGACGUUCCCAGGCCAAUACUGAAUUACUGCGGAGCUGGACUGUGUCUGCUGAGUGGGCUGAUCUUUUUCUUUGUGAAGGCAGAUGUGGAGUUGCAUCCCGAUUCCGAAUCACUUCCACUACUUAUUGACAGGAGGACAAAUUCAAGCAGUUUUGGACCAAGUUCCUCGGAGUUCUGGAUAGAUGUCAUAGGACCGAAGACCAGGCGGUUCAUAGGCUGCAUGCUGGCCAUCACGUCAGGUCUGCUGUUUGGCGCCUCAUUUGUACCACUCUUCUACAUCAAGACACAUUCAUCACGUGAGGAUAGCAUUUUCCAUGGAGCCAGUGUCUAUGACCUGGACUAUGUUUACGCACAUUGCUCUGGCAUUUUUCUUGCGAGCACGUUGUACUUUGCCAUCUACUGUGCUGCGAUGAACAACAGACCCAGGGUUUACUCCAGAGCCAUCUUACCAGGUCUGUUGUCUGGGCUGAUGUGGGCAUUGGCUACGUACUGCUGGUUCCUGGCUAAUAACUACUUGAGUGCAGUCAUCACCUUUCCAAUCACCUCUGCAGGAUACAGUCUGGUUGCAGCGAUGUGGGGAUCACUGAUUUUUAAGGAGAUUAAGGGUUUGGCCAACUGCUUUAUCUUUUUUUUGGCCACCUGUGUGGUCCUCGCUGGCUCCCUGCUCACCGCCAUCUCAAAGCUCUAACACAGCUGAUUGUUGUCUUGCUUCAGCUCCUUGACUGGUUCAGAAAAUGUCCUUGGGUUUUCUUUUAUAUAAAACUCUUUGAAUUAAAUCAGAUUAAACCCAAAUACAUGAUAGCAGGGUUCAGUGCAAGGCUCUUUGAUUUGCCAAAUGUCAUUUUGAAUUAACAGGGAUUAUAAUCUGAGCCGACAUUGGGUGGCAGAGUCUGACAAGAGCCCCCUCUUCAUGCUGUUUGGUUGGAGAAGAGGAAGUUUGUUCUAUGUUGUUGCUGAAAAUGUUCUUUGUUCACAGAAAAUCCACACGUUUAUCACGUUAGCAGUUUUUUUCAAAGGGGCUGUAAGGCACAUUUUCAUUCAUACAAUAAAGAUGUGGUGGUUUUGUCAGCACUUUACAUUUAUUUGUAUUUUUGUAAAAAAAAACAUUAAAUAUUUAAUAUUGUCCUCCGUCAGUAUU